AUGCAUUGCUCAUUCCACAAGAGUGAAGGCAAAAAUCCAUGCCGUAUGAAUGCCAAUCCUUACAUGAUUGCUUUUGGGAUCACAGAAAUUAUUUUCUCGCAAAUUCCUGAUUUUGAUCAGCUAUGGUGGCUCUCCAUUGUUGCCGCUGUUAUGUCUUUCACUUAUUCAUCUAUUGGUAUUGGACUUGGCAUUGCCAAAGUUGCAGACAAUGGAAAAUUCAUGGGAGGCCUAACUGGAAUAAGCAUUGGCACCGUAACUCAAACCCAGAAGAUAUGGAGAAGCUUCCAAGCACUUGGUGAAAUUGCUUUUGCGUACUCAUACUCCGUCAUCCUCAUUGAAAUUCAGGACACAGUCAGAUCCCCACCAUCAGAGGCCAAGACAAUGAAGAAAGCAACUCUAAUAAGUGUUGCAGUGACAACCCUUUUCUACAUGCUCUGCGGCUGCUUUGGCUACGCUGCCUUUGGAGACAUGUCCCCUGGAAAUCUUCUUACAGGCUUCGGCUUUUAUAACCCAUAUUGGCUACUAGACAUUGCUAAUGUUGCCAUAGUAAUCCACCUUGUUGGGGCUUACCAAGUCUACUGCCAACCCCUCUUUGCCUUCAUUGAAAAAGCAGCAGCACAAAGAUUCCCAGAUAGCGAAUUCAUUAGCAGAGGAAUCAAAAUCCCAAUUCCUGGGUCCCGUUCCUACAGUCUCAACCUCUUCAGGUUGGUUUGGAGGACAUGUUUUGUGAUCUUGACCACUGUGAUUUCAAUGCUCCUUCCUUUCUUCAAUGACGUAGUUGGUCUCCUGGGUGCUUUGGGAUUUUGGCCAUUAACUGUUUACUUCCCAGUUGAGAUGUACAUAGCACAAAAGAAAAUACCAAAGUGGAGCACAAGAUGGCUCUGCCUCCAAAUCUUAAGUGCUGCUUGCCUAAUAAUUACCAUAGCUGCUGCUGCUGGCUCCAUUGCUGGAGUUGUUGUUGAUCUUAAGUCUGUCAAGCCCUUCAAUACCUCUUAUUGAAUCAGUUAGAUUCGGCUCUUACUCAUCCAUAGGGAUCAUGAAGAGAAAUUAAUUGAGAAUACAAAUCAAGAAGUAAAAUUUCAAGAUGGAGUCUAUUUAGUUUCUUGAUCUGUUGAGUUUCAAAAGAAAAAACUUGUUUCUUUAUCUGUCGCAAUUUUAGGAAUUUUCUUUUAAUCUUUAAUAAGCUGCAAGUGUAAAACGUGUGUAUAUACACAUGCAAAGUUUCUCUGUGGAUCAUGGUCCAGUCUCGUUCAAGAAAACUUUGAAUUGAAAUUAGCAUUUAUUA